AUGCGUCGGUCCUUACUCUUUCCUUACGUACAGUCUCUCGUUACCUUGGUCAUUUUGCUCAAUUUCCUGUUCAUACACCAUGUUGAGGCUCUUGCGAGUACAGACACCAUCACCUGGGGUGGUGCAAACGACAGAACCGGCUAUCAAAACAAUCACAACAUGGAUCCAGCUGUUGUUGGAAGCGCUCAGUUCGGCCUCUUAUUCAAGACCCGGCUUCCUGGUACUUAUCUCAUCAACGGACAAAAUGUGCCUGAGCAGAUAUUUUCUCAAUCCCUGGUCUACACUGGUUCUGAUGGUGUUCAAUAUCUCUAUGUUGCUACCACUCAAAAUAAUCUGUACAAGAUUGUCGCCAAAACCGGUGUCAUCGUGGCCUCUCGAAACAUUCAUCGACCUUUUCUAGUCAGCGAUCUGAACGGCUGUGUUGACAUCAGUCCAACAGUGGGAGUUACCGCAACCGGAGUCAUCGAUCCAGACACAGACACAUGGUAUUUGACAUCGAAAACUUACGCAGAUCAAGAUCUCAAUGGUCCCACGGGUCGUCCGAAUGGUCGAUAUUAUAUUCACGCUGUCAGCACGGUGGAUUUGUCUGAAAGACCCAAUUUUCCGGUCAAUCUGGAAGGCAUGUCAGCUAGGAACAAUCCUGCACGAUCUUUCAACGGUGGCAUCCACCAUCAACGUCCGGCUUUGCUUCAUACCGGCAAUUUCGUCUACGCCGGCUUUGCUAGUCAUUGCGUCCAAUGGAAUUUCACUGGCUGGAUCGUGGGCUGGGAUAAAGGGACUGGUCAGCUUGUGGAAAGAUUUGCGACAGAAGGCGCUGGUGUCGGUCCGACCGUUCCUGGUGCAGGCGUGUGGAUGUCUGGUGGUGGUCUUGCAACGGAUGGCAAGGGCUCCAUGUUCUUCGCGACCGGAAACGGAUACGCGUCUCAACUUGACGGGAUACCCGUCAAUGGAAGAAAUCCGCCGACGUCCCUCGAAGAAGCUGCUGUACACAUGGCGAUCAAUGAUGAUGGUUCUUUGACUGUUGUUGAUUUCUUCAUGCCAUGGGAGAAAACUCAAUUGGAUGGUGCUGACAAAGCAGAUCUUGGAACGUCACCCCUAGAAUUGCUCCCAAGCCAGUUCUCUUGCGGCGACAUCACUCGGAUGGGCGUCGUGACUGGCAAGAGUGGCAAGACUUACUGGCUUGAUCUUGACAACCUUGGAGGCUAUCAGAAUGGCCCAAACAAGCUUGACAACGUGAUCCAGGUCUAUCAGAACGAAAAUUCGGUCUAUGCUGGAGCUGGCGUCUACCCACUAGAAGGAGGUUACAUCUACAUCAACGUCAUCCAGUAUCAGACUCACGUCUUCAAAUUCUCUUGCAACAACGGCGUUCCAUAUUUCAACAAAGUGGCCGACUCCCCCGAGAAGAAUGCAUAUAUUCUAGGGGUUGGUCAUGGCACAGUCACAUCGCUGAACGAUCAACCUGGGACUGGUCUAGUGUGGACGUCGGACGUUGAAGGCUCUAAUUUGAGAAUCUACAACGCUGUUCCCAACAAUGGCGUCCUGCAGGAGAUCAACUCUUUUGUUACUCCUGGUACCACCAAGUUUACCAGACCUGUCUUUGGAGAUGGAAUAGUCUAUCAGGGGACUACUGUGGGAUACAUUUAUGCUUAUGGUGCGCCCGUCAACUUACCGUUGAAUUGUACAGCUCUACAAUUUGGCACUGUCAACCUGAAUACAACAACGGCUCCCAUGACGGUGGCAUGCACGGCCAACACUGCAGUCACAGUAACUGCGGCAGCGCUCUCGGGCAACCCAAACUUUGCCAUUGGGGGUCUACCCAAUUUCCCACUUACAGUGGCCCAAGGACAACAGUUCUCGUUUCCAGUCACCUUUACUCCCCAGACCGUGGGGCCUUUGUCAUCCUCUGUCAUUCUCAACACUACGCAACAGGCAGGCGGCUUUAGCAUCAACACUCCCGUGCAACUCAAGGGCACCGGCCAGAGCCAGGCUGCUCUGUUGAUGGUUACGCCGAACACCGUCAGUUGGAAUGGAGUGAUUACCGGACAACAGGCGGGCGGAGUCGAUCAAUCCGUGAUCAUUAGCAAUCUCGGAAACGGUCCUCUCAGCAUCACCAACAUCUUAUAUUCGGUGGUGGGCGAGACUGGUCCCUGGAUUACGCCAAAUGGCACGCAAACCGCAGCCGCCGUCUCUGCAUUCACCUUCUACAACAUGCCGCUCUCGGUGGCACCGAACAGUGCCGUGACAGUCCCGAUUAAUUUCAAUCCACCGUCCAGCGGCAACUAUGGCGUCUUCGUCCAAGUGGUGUCGAACGGAGGAUCCAAGGUUUUUGAUGUCCUUGCGACAGGCUCUGACGAACCCAAAGCCGUUCUUGAAUUCCAGACUCCCAGUGGAGGAUGGGUUCGGUACGACAACACCACCGCCUUUGAUUUUGGUAAUGUGACGGAGAAUACAAGUCGCUAUCUCAAGAUGCGGCUCACCAAUAGUGGGUCGGCCAACGCAGCAGCCUUGUCAGUGACCGUCAGCAAACCACCCUUCGGUAUCCCAGGCAGCAUCAUCGGGGCCAGCAACCAGGUGGAUCUUGCCGAAGGGACAUUGGUGUACGCCGGACAAAACGUUACUGCCACGUUGUUUUGUUCAGUGCCAAAGAGCCAGAUCAACGUUGACCCGUACCUCGGGACUGCCCAGUGGACCAUGAACCUCAACGACGCCAGCUUCGGGAAGCAGUACAUACAAUUCAUCUGCAAUGCCGUCUCUGAACAAGCACCCCCUUUGAAUCCCGUGACACAACAGGGGAUAUAUCGAUAUGCCGGAUGCUUUACUGAGAACAAUCCAGGCCGACAACUUCAAACGAGUGUCUACAAUGGCCCUCUCAACACCAACGAGCAAUGCAUUUCCCAGUGUUCCGCUGCAGGAUAUAUCUUUGCCGGCACCCAGUAUAACCAAGAAUGUUGGUGCGGCUACAAUCGGCCCAAGACGGUCAACGACGAUGCCAAUUGCAACUUUGCAUGUUCUGGGAACAUCAAUGAAAUCUGUGGAGGCAACGGCAUCACAGGCACCGGUUCCUUUAUUUCGCUUUUCGGCGACAUCACUCGUUGGAACGGGAACACCACCGAUACUCCCGGACCAUACGUCAAUCCUGGCACUCAAGGAUUCCACUCCCUGGGCUGCUAUACUGAAGGAUCUCAAUCUCGUGCAUUGAGUGUGCCGGUGAACGCCAACAACACCGUGGCCGGCUGUCUUCAAGCAUGUCAGGGAUAUUUGUAUUCCGGCGUGGAGUAUGGAGGCCAAUGUUUCUGCGGAAAUUCUCUGUCGACCGGUGCGGUCACUACUCAAGCGUUGGACUGCAGCAUGACAUGCAACAGCAAUCAAACAGAGUAUUGCGGAGGCCCAAGCCGUCUCAACAUGUAUCUCUACGGUAAUGGUAGUCUCCCCAGCUCGACACCGGGGUCGGGCACCCAGAAUGCUCCUGCUCCUGGCCCAACGGCGCCCACAACUCCAGCCACAAUUGGCAAUUUCAGUUAUGUCUCUUGUUACACGGAGGCUGCGACGGGCCGGGCAUUGACGAGCUUUGCUUUGGCCGACAACAGCAUCAACAUUCAAACCUGCGCGAGCAAUUGUACUCAAUACCGAUACUUCGGGGUUGAAUAUGGUCGCGAGUGUUACUGUGGAAAUGCCCUGGGUGCAGGCAGUGUUCCGGCCACCGACGGCCGGUGCAACAUGGCAUGCUCUGGCAACUCAAGUCUGGUGUGUGGCGGCCCCAACGGACUGACACUGUACGCGAACCCGAACUGGACUUCGACUGCAACUACACCGCCGCCGACCGCUACCGCUGCCCCUAUCCCCUCGGGACCGAGCAUCAUCCCCAAUAUUGGCAAUUUCCAAUAUGUUGACUGCCAUACCGAGGCCACCAAUGGGCGCGCGCUAAGUGGAAAAGCUGUCGCCUCCAGUGACAUGACUGUGCAAUACUGUGCAGGAAACUGUACUGGGUUCGCAUACUUUGGCGUGGAAUAUGGGCGUGAAUGUUAUUGCGGGAACAGUCUCGCUGCCGGGUCGGCCACUGCUACGGAUGGCCGUUGUUCCAUGACAUGUGCCGGGAACUCGUCGACCAUCUGUGGUGGGCCGAACGGCUUGUCUUUCUACCAGUUUGUUCUACCGUCGAGCUCGACCAGCACCAGUCUCAGUACUACAACCAGUAUCGCCCCGACGUCCGUGACUUCGACUUUGUUUAGCAAGACAUCGACAUCGACGACCAGUUUCUCCGCCAGUUCAAGUUCAGCCUCGUCGACCACCUCCCGGGCCAAUCAAUCUUCCGCAGUGAACAACUCUACGACAUCAAUCCGCUUUACGGGCUCUACGACUCUUGUCGUCGGUGCAGGUUCCUCAUCUAGCUUGCAGACGACCUCGGUCUUUAGCAAUGCCAGCACAUCCACAUCCACCACGCCUCCUCGGAUCUUGUCGUCCAGCGCAUCGUCCUUUUCAAGGGGUAACGGUACGUCGACUUCACCAACAAAUUCGGUCGCCUCGACUGCUGUGGCGCACGACCAGAUCAGCCUCUCUGACCUUGUCGACUGUGGGAAGCAGUUCUUGGUCCAACACCACACUGUUGGCGUCUACCUCAUCCGCAUCUCUUACGACAUCUUCCAUGUCAAGCAGCAGCCCUUCGACCAUGUCGGCUACAGUGUCAAACAGAAACUCGACUUCAGCUUCGACCUCAAGCUCAAGCGUAACCCGAACUUCCUCUUCCUUUUUCUCUUCAGCUUCAACACUGAUGUCGAUCUCGAGCUCAUCACUGUCGACGACAAACACGAUCAGCGACAAUACUAG